AUGGCGGUCAAACCGGAGCGCUGCAGAGCCUACUUGGGGCUGAGCAUUGGGCUUGCCGAUGAAGGCGGCGGCUUGGGGUGGGCGGUCGGCGGCGGUAUCUACGACGCCCGCGACUCCCGCGACAAACGCAACGCCCGCCGCGACGGCAACGACGCCGGUGUUGCGGGCCCGCGUUUCCAGCCACCUCCACCGCAAGCGCAAUCUGGCAGCGCGAGCCGCGUCGUUGUCGAGACGCCUCACUGCGACGGGUCUUCGUCAGACGGAGAAAAUAGUAAUAACCCGGUUUUGAGACGUCUCCAAGUAACGCGCUCCGCCGCUCAAGCUCACCCCGUCCCUACACUUGCGCCCGCGCCGCGCGGUGUAUCGCGCGAGGCGGCGUGCGCAAGCCCGCCGGCGGUUGCUGCGUCACGGCAUGGUGGAGCCGGCUGCGGCGUGGCCACGUCAGCCGCAGCGCGCGCCGCCUCGUCUAGCAACGGCGCAAGCGACGGCGCGGUGGCGACGACAGUCGCAGCGACGGCGACCGCGGAAGGUCCCAGCUCUCGCGGUCUCCCAGGGCUUGCUUGUACUACCCUUAAUGUCGCCGACGCGGCGCCACCUGCUGACGCUAUGGACCUAGGCUCGCUACUAGUGCGCGGCGGAAAAGACGUGCCGCGCUCUCCCCGCCCCCCUCCCGGCAGCCCCUCCGGUUUCCGCCGCGCUCACCACUUCCGAUCCGCGUCGGUCGGCGGAUUCAUUACUCACGCAGCGGACGGCGGAGUGGACAGCGCAGAUUACACUCUCCCGCCGCUUUCGCCGCAGCCCCCGCGGCGCAUUCCGGCGGCGGCGGCGCUGUUCUCAGCGUCCGCGGACGGCGGAAGACACUUACAACUCCUGCGCGACGCAACUCCCGGAAUUGCGCCCGCCGCCGCGAGUGUCUCCCCGCCCCGCGGCCCCCCCGCCUCCCCUCUUUCCGCCGUUGCGGGACGGUUCGCGGGCAACGGGGGCCGCGGCAGUGCUGCGGCGGAGAGUCAACCCCGCGCGCAGGAAGGCGGAGAGGAGAGCGAGGGAGAGGGCGAGUCGAGCGCAUGGGAGUGGGAAUCGGAAUCCGAGUCGGAGUUGGAGUGGGAGGAGUUCGUGGUGGUGGCGCGUGCGCUGGGCGGACACGAUGCGCGAGGGAUCACGGACAAUACGAGCAACGCACAGCAGCAGCAAGCUCCUGGCAGCCCAAUCAGCAAGCAGCAGCAACUGCUUGGUACCGCUCCCGGUCGCCCCCGGCAGAGGAAAAUCGCCUCUUCUCCCUCCGCCGAAUUUCCUGCUGCCGUGUUGCUCCGCUCCUCCCGCCGCGCCUCUGUAUCCCCUCCGCCCGUCUCCCCCAUGCGCUCCUCCCCGCGGCACGCGAGCGCUGUCUUCCCCCGAAGCUGGUCCGCUGGCGCGCCUGACGCGGCGGACGCGCCUGACGCGCCCCCCGCGCGGCUGCCACGCUCCACUCUUUCCGCGCACGCGCCGGUGGGGGAGUUAGACGCGGUGCUGGAGAAGGCUCUGCGCAGCUUCCAGUCGCAAGAACUGAGAGCCUCCGUUCGGGUGGUGCUUUCCCCGGCAGACUGCCGGAGAACAGAAUGCCUGGUGGUAGUAACCAGGGUGCUCGCAGUAACCAGUCGAAUCCCGGUAACUGGACGGAGCGAGGCAACCAGCCGAUUCGUGGUAACCAGUUUCCUGGUGGCACUGUCGCUGCUGGCGCAAGCAGGCAUAAAAGGAGCCACUCCGACUCGUAUGCCUUUCACACUGCCACCUUCACCAAGACGCCUCUUCCCAACAGUAUCCACGCCUUCGUCGCUGCUGCAGACUCACACGUGCGCGCCUCUGCUACCUCUGCCACUCCUCCUGCUUCCGCUUCAGCACAAGCAAGCUUGA